CUUCUGUCACCUACUACUAGAUGGCGCAACCACAUAUGACACCAACCUAAUACAAAACAGUUACUAACCAAAAAAAAAAUUAAGUUUGUUUGAAUCAACUUUAUUUAAUCGUUGUUUAAAUUUUAUUUAUUGUUACGAAAUUAUGAUUGUUAAAAUUAAAUUGAUAAUAAAUUAAUUUAAAAAAAUUAAUAAAUUUUGUGACAUAAUUCGCCAAGGGUUAACUUAACCAGCUAACUUCAAACUCCUCUAAAACGUCACUCAUUUCAUCUUUUAAAGUCUUUUAAGUAAUUUCUGGGGCUUCGUACCAGAAGAAUUCGGUAAUAAUGGCAUCAACAAAGUUCACAAUCCUCGCGAGGAGUUUCAGUACUUCUGGGGCCGUUAACCAAUUAAUCAAGCCUCCAAUCCAAGUGUUUGGAAUUGAGGGUCGGUACGCUACCGCUUUAUACUCGGCCGCUUCAAAAGAAAAAAAGUUGGAUGCGGUCGAAAAAGAAUUGGUUCAAUUCCAAGGUGUGCUUAAAUCCGACGUUAAAUUGAACGAGUUUAUUUUAAAUCCGACUAUUAAGAAGCAAACGAAAACCGAAGGAGUGAAAGCGAUCGCUUCUAAAGCGGGAUUAUCACCGGCUUCUGCUAAUUUGUUGCAAAUUUUGGCCGAAAACGGCCGAUUGAAAAAAUUAAAUGGGGUUAUUAAUGCUUUUAAAACUAUUAUGUCUGCCCAUAGAGGAGAGGUGCAAUGUGAAGUAACCACAGCGAAACCCUUGGAUCAAGCUCAACGUCAAAAGUUAGAGGGAGUUUUAAAAUCGUUUUUGAAAGGUAGCCAAAGUUUACAUUUAACGGCUAAUGUUGAUCCGGGUAUUAUUGGCGGGAUGAUUGUCAGUAUCGGGGAUCGGUACGUUGAUAUGAGCGUUUCCAGCAAGAUUAAGAAGUACACGGAUAUAAUUAGUACCCCAGUUUAAAAAAAUAAACUAAGUGAAAAGGAGAAUAUGGUUAUGAAACCAUCAUCUUGAUGAAACAACCUCGUUCGUUAGCUUAUUUUAGGUAUGAAUGAAUUUUCAAUUAUAUUGGUGUAAUAGAAAAACAAUAAAUGAAAAAAAAUUGA